CAUUUUGGCUCUACGCCUACGGCGACAGGGCCGGGAGACUCCUCGGCAGAUCCACAAGGGCGCUCUAGAUGGGUGCCGCCCUGGAGCAAGGCAGAGUUGUGGCGGAGCUUGCGCCGUGUAAGAACGGGCCCAGGAUUCAAGCACCCACCCGGCAUUACUCCUCUCCAUUGUUCUUGACGAAAGCUACGGAUUCACCAGGUCCCGCCUUGAUUUAUCUCCGCCUCAGUUAAGGAUGGAAAUUUCUGGGCCUCAUCCAAACCAAAAAAUCGAACUGGGGAAAGGAGAAGGGGAAAAAAAUCUCUUUUUUUUUAGAGGCGGAGGAAUAAAAGAAAAUCGUGAGGUAAAAUAACGGAGAACUUCGUACGUCACAGGAAGCAGAACCGGCUUCGCUUCGUUCGUAGCCAGAUGGCUUCAUUGCUCGCGCCGGUGCGCACCGAAUUGCUUCUCGAAUUCCCCAAGUUAGCGCCGUGUUAUGGAAACCGGUGGCGGAGCAGAGCGGCCGCGGGGUAUUUGAGGCCUGGCCGCCAUCGCCGGGAUUGCCGGAAGUGGAAGAGGGACGUUAAGAUCGCUGCGGCGAAGGUUGAGGGUUUCUCGUCACAAGAUGGCGUUGCCGAAGAUUACUACGCUGUUCUCGGGCUGGUGUCAGAUGCCACUCCUCGGCAGAUAAAGGAAGCUUAUUAUACUUGUAUGAAAUCAUGCCAUCCUGACUUGAGUGGGAAUGAUCCAGAUAUCAAUAGCUUCUGCAUGUUUAUCAAUGAGGUCUAUGGGGUGCUCAGUGAUCCUGUGCAGCGUAUGGUAUAUGAUGAAAUUCAUGGAUAUGCGGCAACGGCUAUGAAUCCUUUCUUGGAUGAUAGUGCUCCAAAAGAUCAUACAUUCGUUGAUGAGUUUUGUUGCAUAGGGUGCAAAAAUUGUGCUAAUGUGGCUCCGGAUGUGUUCAAAAUAGAGGAAGACUUUGGCCGUGCAAGAGUUUGCAGCCAAUCAGGGAAUCUUAACUUGGUUCAAGAAGCAAUUGAUACCUGCCCGGUUGAUUGCAUUCACUGGACAUCCGCUGCCCAACUUUCUCUCCUUGAAGAUGAAAUGCGUAGAGUUGAGAGAGUAAAUGUUGGGCUAAUGCUCGCCGGAAUGGGAAGAUCAUCCAUGGAUGUUUUCAGAAUGGCAAGUUCGAGAUGGGAAAAGCGCCAAGCAAAAGUCUUGGAAAAGGCUAAGAUGCAGAUGAUGAAAUCGAAAGAUUCCGAUAAGAGCGGAUUUACGAGUGCAUUUUGGAACAAUAUUUGGGGUUCACCAAAGAACACAGAGGAAGAAGUGAAGGCCAGGGCUAAGAGUGCUGCUGCGGCGGCGAGAAGGUGGCGAGAGUACUCGAGAAAGGGAGCCGAUAGACGUCCCACAUUCAAGCUUCCUGAGGCGAUAUCGAACAAGGAAUAGUUAGGGGGGAAAAAUUAAGAGCAAAUUUCAUGUACAAUCUCUUGUGGUGAGAUGAUCAUUGCCAUUGAUUGCUUGUUGUUCUUCUUAUACCUUCACUUGUUCUGAACAGAAUUUACCUCACAUCUCAUGUCUCAUACUUGUGUAUCAUAAUUGUCACUGAUAUUAAAUAUUGAUAUUUGAUA